CGUCCUUCGACUGUUGCCACCGCUUGAGAGCACCCAUGCCCUGGCUCGUCUGCCCCAAGGGAUGGCACUCACGUCUCCCAACAUCCUCCCACUGACCGAACGCUGACGACGCCUCUCUCAUCCCAGUCUGGUUGUUGCACGCAUGGCGGUGAAGGACCUGGUCGAGCUGUUCGAACCAGAGCUGUCUUCGAAGCGACCUGCUACCUCGAGACCGCACGCAGAUUCGGUACGGCCUGCAGAUGAUACCCAUGGGUUGACCGAGUCAUCCAACGAGCCUGCGGACCCUAGCGGAGCUUAUGCACCCUCAAGGUUCCUGGCACACCCUCUGCUGCGACGUCGGGAGCCAAGUCAGGCUGAAGACGAUGGAGAGGACGUCGCACUUCUCGCCCAUGCGCAGGCUCCGGGUACGAGGCAGGAAGACACCCUCACUAGCUCGAGCCAUGGCCAGUAUGGACAUGAACACACAAUCGACGUGACAGAUGGAUUGCCGAUGGCGUCUGGACGAUCCUAUACGAAUUCGCGCGUGCCAUCCACGAGUAUGAAGGCUAUUCCGGAGGCCAUCCAGAUGGGCUCUUUGCGGAUUCGGGACGAAGACGGUCUUCCUCGGACCCCUUCGGUGCACCUACCUAUAGGGUUAGAUGCAACUUCGGUGACUGCAAUAUCGCACUCGCAGAGGCAGUCUCUCAGUUCAACCACUACUGCAGUGCCACGGACGCAGUUAGGGCCUCAUACCCCCAUCCCGCUGACGACGGUCUUUUCGAGGAAGGCGCCGCCGCUAUAUCUACCCAGGCUGGAUGACUUUAUCGCUUCCCUGCCGGCCCCGUCAUAUGCGGCAACGGAACAGUCCAAGGGCAAGGCACCAUCUCCGACUAUGUUUCCUCCUAUGCAAGAUUUGGCGGAUACCAAGAAGACAUUGGUGGAUCUUGAGCACAAUGCGACGGUAGCACCUGGGUGGAGGAACUGUAACUCGAUCUUUUCCACUGUCCUCAGUUUGACGAUUGGUAUAACGGGAUCGAGUGCACUUGCGUCCUAUUACAGUGUUCAAGGGCUGUUUGAUACCCUUCAAAUAUUUGCUCUCAUCCUGAAUACCAUCGUGUCAACUAGUGGUACAUUCAAGGACCGUUGGCGGACUCUCUUUCUGGUCAAGAUCCCGAAUAUCCUAGCCUUGAACUUCGCAUCAACAAUCACGGAGUCUACCGUCUUCCUCGUCCUUUGCAUGCUCGUGUCCGGCCUGCUCCUAUAUUACUUCUAUCGUGCAACCUCUCAGUGUACUACCGUCCGCGUCCCUGAAGGCCAGCAGCCCCUGGGAUACCCCAAACACUCCUGGCUCAUCCUACUAGUCAGCUUCUUGUUGACCGUCAUCUAUCUACCUGUUAGCACCAUAGCGAUGCAUAUUAUGGUCUGGUCAGACGAUCUCUGGGUGGUUCCUAAUCCGUACACGAAUUCGACGUCCAAUCCACCGAGUGUCGCACCCUUGGGUCCUUCAGACGAGUAUCGCGCACCUCUCGAUUUCUGUUGGACGACAACCAUGAAGCUCGACGAAGUCAACUAUGCGCCAAUUCUGAUCAUUCUCGCGACUGCGUGUAUUGCCGGAUUGACAAUAUGGUUCCCUAUUCAUCUAUACCGUACGAUCAAGAAAGUCGUCCCAAUCGUCGACCGUUACACGGAGUUGGGCGCGCCUCGAAGCAACAGCGACAUGAAUCGCGAGUACCAGCGCUUAUUGAAUCGCGACAAGAAUCCUCUCAACUUCUUGUACAGCGGCUUUCGCAGGGGAUGGGGAACAUAUGAAUCGGUGUUCCUUCUCGCGAAACUCACGACGCUCUUGAUCACAGCGGUCAUCGACCCGGACAACUGUCUCUUCCGCACGCUCUCUAGCAAAUGGGUAGCGGUUGCCCGUCAAAUCGUUCUAUUACUCGCGAUGCUCGUCUACUUCAUCCUUCAAGGCAUCUAUGCACCUUUCUUGAAUCCUGUCAACAAUGCUUCAGAAUGGAUCUCCCGACUCAAUUAUGUCCUUACGUCUGCAGUAGCCCUUGGAGUGGCUUUGAAUAUACCCGGAUCUAGCAUAUUGGAUGGGGUCGUUCUUGAUAUAAUUUACAUAGUAACUUAUGGACUCAGCUUCUAUUUCACCAUCAUCAAUAUGGACAUCGCACGUCGCCUCGUGAAGAGGCUGGCGCGUCGCAUCGACUUCAGCAUUGACAUGUUCUCUCCACGAGUUGACCUCUCGCAAUCGUCCCCACAUACACGACGACGGAUUUGGCAGGAAGCAACCAUGACGCUGUUCCUAACCAGUCCUAAUACCGAAAUACCCAAGGAACAGCCGAUGGAGUUCAAGGAAGCUCGAGACGGCGAGUACCCUCCCUAUCUGACCCAGUUCAAGGGCACGCCCGGGGAACGUAUGGUAGAGAAUCUGAAGCUACUCCGCGAAGUGGGGUCGAUAUCCUACUACAAGGCCGUCGCUCUCAUAUCUGGGCCCGACGCUGCGCCGUUUCGUCGUCUGGAGAGAGAUAUCCAAGAUCACUUCGUCGGCCCUGAUUGCUAUUGGAAGCCCCCGGGUGCGCCGCUCCCUAAGUGUAGUCAUUUCUUCGGAAGUGCGUGGUGGAUUCCCUUCCCACCCACCUUGGUUAUCCGCUACGACGAUGGACCUCUGCGAGCUCUUCAGGACCUGUUGCAGCUGGAAGAGUAUGUUGCCCAGAACUCAAGUCAUCAUAUUCGUCGGAAGCGUGAGAUCCGACUUGCUCUGCGGGCUUUGGAAGGGCUUGUGGUCAUGUGGCCGUACGACUAUGUCCGGAAUGUCGGCGAAGAGACAGGCUGGUGCUGCUGUCGCAAGCGGUACGGAGCUCAAGCCGUCAUACAUUACAAGACUUGUACUUUCCGCAUCAAGCGACGCGGGACCUUGCCUUGGGAGGGCACCGACCUCGGUAGCGGAUUCGAGGUCGAAAUGACAUACGCGAAGGGUGUCACGGUCGACGGCUCUAUCAUAGGCCUUACAGACGAUCUCGACCUGACGCAACCGCUCGCUCGGUUUUUGGCGAUAAACGAGCGACUCAUCGCAGAGCAUCUCGUACCACUGGAGAUGGUUCUGCGCAGUUACCGCCAUCAUAUGAGACGGGAGUGCCAGUGGAAAGCGGAUGUCCUCACGUAUCAGUUCCUCACCGACAUCUACAAUCAGCCUCGCUUGCCUGCGGACGUCGUGAAUGUCGUUCAGGAGCUAGAGCACGAUUCGCGCGUGCGUGAUUUGGUGAGCACGAGCCGACCCAUAUUCGAGGUCACGUAUGAGAGGUGGUCUGGGGUUUCUGCGUCAGAGUUGGCCACAUGGUGGUAUGUUUUCUGGGACGACCUGUGGAGGCGGAACUACAACACCAUUGGUGCUCUGCAGAAGCAUGCAUCGGAUUUCGAUCCGCACCACCCUUCCUCAAUAGCGUAUACCCCUCUUCCCCGUGCAGCGCUCGAGAACUUCCUGACCCAGCGCGGUCUAUUACACAAGAAAGCGAAGUGGAAUGACUUCUUCGACGCCGGCUAUCUCAAUAAGAUGUAUGUGCGGAUGAACGACAUCGUGUUUCACGGCUCACAUGGGGCCAAUGUUUUGCACCUCGGAGAAGACACGUCCGAGCUCGACAUGGAAGAGGUCGACAUGAAGACACUGAUGCAGCCGUCAACGCUCGGUACCGGAGCAGGCACGGACUAUGACGACGUGUCCAUCCGUGCACGUCCCUACUAUCGUUGGGAAGGCAUCCUCGACGACGAACUCAGGAAGAAGAAACCAAAGCAUCGACCAUUUCUUGCUAAGAUGGCGGUGUGGUUUGGUCUCAGCCCAUUCUGGCGUUCUGGACUGGAAUCGAAGGGACUCGCACUUGACGUACGCGUGGAGAAUGGACGAUACGUUCUAUUGGAUAGUCUCGAAGCCCAAAUCACGGAUGAUUAUGAUACAAGAUCGAAAGUUGUGUAACACACGACAUAAUCAUGCUUAUACUUUUUAUGCGUGUGUCCAUGGGAUUAUUUGUGCCUGAGACCUUUAUCGUUCAAGUUCAGCUAGCUAGCUGUUGGUUUGCACUUCCCGUUUAUCCGGUUCUACUGAGCGGGUAGCGGUAUAUAGACCCCCGACUACAUGACACUAGUACGACAUGCUGUCUUAGGUAUCUAGCUAAUCAUAAAAGGCCUCUAUGGUCGCAUGCUUACAA